AUGAUGCCUGGAAUAUUACCAUACAAUACGCCUCGUAAUAUAUAUAAUUUAACAAUAUCAUUGGAUACGAUUCAAAAUGAUGUGGAGAACAGCAGUAAAAAAAUUGUAAAUAAUAAUGGUGAUAUAGUUAGUACAGAGCAAGAUGUUGAAGUUUUAUUGAAUAUGGUGGAUGGAGGUGCACAACAGUCAAAUGAUCCAGUUUUAUCAGGUUACCACGGUUUCUUUUUGGUCUAUAAUAUAUUUCAGCCAACCAGUAUAAGUAGGAUGUUUGCAAAUUACGAAAGAAUCAGUCUACAUUAUAAAACUACUCCACCGAUUGUAGUGGGUGCCCUUUUUAAUAGCAGACUACAAAAGGAUACUCACGAUAUCUGUGCAACCAAUUUCAAACAAGUUUCAAUGUGGUGUCAAUCGAAAAACAUCUUUGAACAGAAUCAUUUCAUGGUUUCACCUAGUGAAAAUAUAAACAUAGUACAAGGUUUCUAUAAACUAUCGAAACAUGCCUAUCUCUAUAAGUUACAACAAGUACAACAAGAUUACAUUAACCAAACACAAGGAAAAGAUACUGUAUCAUGUUUAAUACAAUAA